AUGUCACUCUUCGGGUCUUCAACUCCACAAAAAACUGCUUUCACUUUUCCCACACCAGGUGCUCCAGCAACUUCCGCUGGCUCGUUGUUUGGAAGCACAACUCCAUCAAAGCCACUGUUCGGGUCAACAACUCAAGCAUCGUCGACUCCUUCACUUUUCGGUACUACAACUACUUCCACACCCUCUGGAGGAUUGUUUGGAAAAAGUACUACAUCAACUACCACAACGUCUUCUGCUGGAACUCUUUUCGGAGCUGCCCCUACUACCACUACUACUCCCAGCUUAUUCGGUUCAUCUAACACUGUUCAUAGUGUAGUUUCCAAGUGUUGUGUGGUAUUGUUGAGAGAAAAAGGAUUUUGGGAGGAGGGAGUCUUUAUGAAUACGGAAUAG